ACCUUGAAAAUACUGUCUUUGUUUGUUUGUUUGUUUUCUUUUUUUCUGGAUCUGGGGACGGAAUCCAGGGCCUUGUGCUUGCUAGGCAAGCGCCUACUACUGAGCUAAAUCCCGAACCCCUGUUUUGUUUUUUUAAAGUCAGGGUCUUGUCAGCCUUGAACUUAAUGGGCAGCCACAGAUGAGCUCAAACAGACUCUCCUGUUUUUCCAUUUCUACCUAUUACAGGUGUGAUCCACACACACUUGUCUGGAAGACUUUGAUGAGGCAUUGAAGACCAGGUUUUGUGACUUUUUGGCUAAGGGACAUAGUUGAUUGUGGACGGAAGUGAGUUUGAGUUGGUACCCAUUUAAGUAUUUGGAAUCGAGGCAGGGAACAGGACUUGUAAUAAGCAGCAAAGUUUCAGUCAAUAAAUAAGCAGUAACCUCCCUUUAAAAGUUGGUAGAGCUGGGUGUGGUGGUGUAUGUCUUUAAUUCCACGGUUUGGGACUUGAGAAGCAGAGGCAGGAGGAUGGAUCUCUGUGAGUUUGAGACCAGCCUGGUUUACAGAGCAUUCCAGACAGCUAGGGUCCACAGAGAAACCCUAUUUUGGGGUUGUGGGAGAGGUAACUCAGUUUUAAAGCACUUGCUGAUUUUCAAGAGGACCCGACUCAACUCCAAGGACUCACACGGUGGCUCACAGCUGUUCGUAAUACUCCAGUUCUAGGCUGAUGCCCGGCCUCCUUGGGCACCAGGCUUCUCAUGGAAUGAAUGGAGAUACAUGCAGAUUUUGUAUUUUGUACAUACAUUUUGUAUAUUCUGUAUAUGAUGACUUCUGUGAGCAAUGAUCGUUGCCGAGGUGCUCGGGAAAAACCACAGAUGCCAACAACACACGCAGCACAGUCACAGAAACAAGUGGUACAGGCAACGGCUGAACAGAUGCGACUUGCUCAAGUGAUCUUUGAUAAGAAUGAUUCAGAUUUUGAAGCUAAAGUUAAACAGCUUAUGGAGGUGACGGGGAAAAAUCAGGAUGAGUGCAUCGUGGCCCUGCAUGACUGUAACGGUGAUGUGAACAAAGCCAUCAAUACACUGCUGGAAGGGAGCUCUGACACCACUUCAUGGGAGACUGUAGGAGGAAAGAAGAAGAAUUUUGGAAGAGAAAGCUCAGAAAACAAAGAAAACAGAGAGAAGAGGACAGAGAGAGAAGCAAGUCGAGGACGGGGAAACAACAACCGGAAGGGACGAGGUGGCAGCCGAGGCCGAGAGUUCAAAGGUGAAGAGAAUGGAGUUGAUUGCAGCCAAGGAGACAAACCUUCAGAGCGGGGCAAGCGGACCCGAGGCAGAGGAUUUGGGCGUGGCAGGGGCAGAGGGGCAGGAAGGCUGUCUGCUCAAAGCAUGGGGACAUUCAAUCCUGCAGACUAUUCAGAGUCCAUGUCAACAGAUGGCUGUGGGACAAAGUUGGUAGUUUGGGAAGCUGCUCAGAACGGCACAGAUGAGGGACCUGAAGGGCUGGCAAAGCCUCACAGUAUAUCUCAGGAGCUGCCAAGUAAAAGUUCUUAUGGACUUAAAGGUGCCUGGAAGAAUUCUGUGGAGGAGUGGACAGCAGAAGACUGGACUGAAGAUCUUUCUGAGACAAAAGUAUUCACGGCUUCAUCCGCUCCAGCAGACAACCAUGUCCCGCCUGGGCAGAGCAUUGAUCUGGUGGCCUUGCUCCACAAACCUGCUCCUCCCACUCAAGCCGCAGAAGUCAACUCCUUUGAAACGUCCCAGCAGCAGGGCUUCGGCCAGGCCCUUGUCUUCACAAAUUCUCAGCACAACAAUCCAACGGCACCAGGGACUGCAAGCUCCACUCCUGCUAGCUCAUACUCUCCUCAGAGUUUGUCAUCCGUCCUUGGCUCAGGAUUUGGAGAGCUGGCUCAGUCAAAAAUGGUGAACAUCUCCAACUCCCAGAUUUUGGACAAGUUGAAACCACCAGGUUUAAGCCCGUUUCCUGCUGCUUCAAGCACACAGCAGAAUGACAAUGCGAGCCCCCCAGCCACCACUGCUGCUUGGGACCUCAAGCCCUCGGCACCCCAGCCCUCAGUCCUCAGUCAUUUGGACUUCAAAUCUCAGCCGGAACCAUCUCCAGUUCUCAGCCAGUUGAGCCAGCGACAGCAACAGCAGAACCAGGCAGUCAGUGUUCCUCCUCCAGGUUUGGAGUCCUUUCCUUCUCAGACAAAACACCGAGAAUCAGCACCGGGAGAUGGUCCUUCUACUGUCAACAGACUUUUGCAGCUUCCUACCAUGGCUGUUGAAAACAUUGUAUCUGCCCACCAACCACAGCCCAAACACAUUAAACUCCCUAAGCGCCGGAUUCCUCCAGCUUCUAAGGUUCCUGUGUCCGCAGUGGAAAUGCCCGGGUCUGCAGAUAUCACAGGGCUGAAUGUUCAGUUUGGGGCCCUCGAAUUUGGAUCAGAGCCAUCUCUCUCUGAGUUUGGAUCAACAGCUUCAGCCAGUGAAAAUAGCAGUCAGCUUCCUAUCAGCUUGUACCCGAAGUCUUUAAGUGAGCCCUUGAAUGCCUCUUUCCCAAUGACCAGUGCUGUACAGAACCCCACCUACACAACCUCAGUCAUUACCUCCUCCACUCUGACCAGCUCGUCCGUGAGCUCCACUAGCCCAGUAACAACUUGUUCCUCUUACGACCAGAGUUCUGUGCAUACCAGGAUUGCGUACCAAAGCCCUGCAAGCCCAGCGGACGCGGCUCCCGGCUCCGUUGCUAACGGACAUGGUGGUGGCCGAAGUCAGCACACAGUAGACACUACUUCAUCCGUUCCAGCUCCAAAGAAGACAGACCCUUCUGCCCUUCCGUCUGUGAGCUCCCUCCCCAGCCCCUCCUCCUGCACUGCACUUCUGCCCCCUUCGUCCCAGCACACUGCCACUUUGCCCGCCUUGACUCCUGGUGAACUGUCCAGCAGCCCCCUUUCUCAGCUCAGCAGCUCCCUCUCUAGCCACCAGAGCAGCUUGUCCUCUACCCAUGCAACGCGGUCCACAAGCACGCCACACACUCAUGCCAGUGUGGAGAGCACCCCAUCCUCAGCUGCCUUCUCAGCAGCCACUUCUGCUCCAAGUGCCCCGUCCUCAGGGGUUGCCCUGCCUGGGAGCAUGAGCACCGUGAGCAGCCUGUGCCUGGGUGGGACCACUGUGAGCGCACCUAGCAGCAGUACCAGGGCCACAGCCUUGGUGACCUCAGGCAAAGCACCCCCAAACCUUCCUCAAGGGGUGCCUCCUCUGCUACACAAUCAGUACCUCGUGGGCCCUGGAGGGCUGCUUCCUGCUUACCCGAUCUACGGUUAUGAUGAGCUCCAGAUGCUGCAGUCACGGCUGCCGAUGGAUUACUAUGGAAUUCCCUUUGCAGCACCCACAGCCCUUGCCAGCCGAGAUGGGAAUCUAGCUAAUAAUCCAUAUUCAGGUGAUGUCACCAAGUUUGGCCGAGGAGACUCUGCAUCCCCUGCACCUCCGACGACACCAGCUCAGGCACAGCAGAGCCAGUCUCAGACCCACCACACGGCCCAGCAGCCCUUUUUGAAUCCUGCUCUGCCACCUGGCUACAGCUACACCGGCCUCCCCUACUACACUGGCGUGCCUGGUGCCUUCCAGUAUGGGCCCACUAUGUUUGUCCCUCCAACCUCAGCCAAGCAGCACGGUGUGACCCUCAGCACUCCCCCGACCCCUUUUCAGCAGGCCAGUGGCUAUGGGCAGCAUGCUUACAGCGCAGGUUAUGACGAUUUGACCCAGGGAACAGCGGCAGGAGACUACACCAAGGGUGGCUACGGUGGAUCAUCUCAGGCACCAAACAAGUCGGCUGGUUCUGGGCCUAGCAAAGGGGUAUCAGUAUCUUCAGGCACUGGCUUACCCGAUAUGACUGGUUCUGUCUACAACAAGACACAGACUUUUGACAAGCAGGGAUUUCAUACAGGGACUCCACCACCUUUCAGCCUGCCCUCUGCCUUGGGCUCCACUGGGCCCCUGGCUCCUGGCGCAGCCCCCGGCUAUGCGCCUGCGCCGUUCCUGCACAUCAUGCCGGCCCACCAGCAGCCCCACUCCCAGCUGCUGCACCACCACCUACCACAGGACGCCCCGGUGAGCGCAGUGAUGGAGGCAGCCUCCCCACUUUGGGCCUGGGGUUCCGUUCCAGCCUUUAUAGCCUUUUCUCCUCUUCCUCCUCAGAGUGGCUCUGGUCAGCGCAGCCAGCCCAGCUCCCUGCAGCCCAAGUCUCAAGCCUCCAAACCCACCUACGGCAACUCUCCAUACUGGACAAACUAGAUCCUGAAAAGGAGAGGGUGGGCUCUUGGGCAGGGUAUACUCUGGGCAGGAGAGAACACAUGGAGCACAUUUCUGGGAGCCCGGUGCCCUUCCUAGAAUUCUGAGACAUAACUGUCAGCUGAGCCUCUCUAUGGGAAGCCUGCCUCCCAGACCCACUAUUGUAUGUAAUGUAUUUAUGUAUGUAUUUGUAAAUGUGAUAGAAGCCUGGAAGAGCUGGGCUGUGGCUACGGGUAGCAUACAAGUGUGCUCUCCCGGUCUGGACACCGUUACUAUAGCCAAGUAGGCCCCAACCCCACCUUUCUGCCUGCAGUCUUUCUAUGUGACCCCAGCUCAGUGGGCUGCUGGGUGUGCCACUGAAGGACUCGUGGUUUGGGGCCAGGUCAGUACCAAUGAAGAAUCACGACUUAUCUCACUCCCUGUGAACCAUUAUGUUUUUCCCUCUGUAAUUACUUCAUACUUGUUUUUGAAAAACUGAUCCUUUUGUCAUUUGUCAUGGUCCCCCUUCCAACAAAUCUUAAUCUGGAAAUAGAAGUGACCCCUGUCCAGCAUAAGCCUGGUGCCUAUAUGUCUGCGCACAGCAGGGGCUUCUGCUUUGGGUCUGGUCCUGCUCUAGAGACUUGUCUUUUCUGACCAACCAUUUAAAAAAAAAUCUGAACUACGUCUCAGAGAUGUUCAGCCAGUCAGCUCCUUUAUAAAGAAAUCAAAGAUCUGCUUCCUUCUCAGUGAAAGCCUGUCUCCAAACAAAGGCUCCUUUAUACCAGUUGUCCUGAGCCAGGUGGGCAACUGUUUCAGGGUUUUCUCUCGCCCAAACUCCACCUAAUAAAGUUCUGAGAGCA